UGUUGCCUUUCGCCGCUGCGCUUGCGCGUCCGCGGAAGGGGACGCGUCCCCGUCUUCCCACUUCCCCCCCCGAUAAAAACCCGGGCGCGCCUCUCGUCCAUUCCUCGCGGAACUCGCUCCCCUCCCCGCGGAUCACAGGCUCACCACCCAAUUCGCAAGCUCCCCCCCCUCCUCCUCCGUCUUUCCCCCACCCUCCGAAAAGCAAGGUCCGGCCCCGGGCCGCCCGCGCGCGCGUACACACAGACACAGACACAGGCACAGGCACGGUUGUUCGUUCGGGUUCCUUUUGCCAGGUGCACGACGAGCAUGGCGCAGCGCGACAAGAAGGAGGAGCCCACGGAGCUCCGGGCGCCGGAGAUCACGCUGUGCGCCAACAACUGCGGCUUCCCGGGGAACCCGGCCACGCAGAACCUGUGCCAGAGCUGCUUCUCGGCGGCCACGGCGUCGAGGUCGUCGUCGCCGUCGUCCCCUACCUCCUCUUCCUCAGCUUCAGCGGUGUCGCAGCCGAGGCCGGCGGCACUCGUAGACGCAGCAGCGGUGGAGCUGCUGGCCUCUGCGGAUGCCGCAGCCGUGGGCCAGUCUAUGGAGGUCGUCGCCGCCGCUCCGGCGGCCACGGCGGCGAGGUCGUCUGCUGUGAACCGGUGCUCCAGCUGCCGGAAGCGGGUGGGGCUGACGGGGUUCCGGUGCCGGUGCGGCGAGCUCUUCUGCGGCGCGCACCGGUACUCGGACCGGCACGGCUGCAGCUACGACUACAAGGGCGCCGGCAGGGACGCCAUCGCCCGGGAGAACCCGGUGGUGCGCGCGGCCAAGAUCGUUAGGUUCUGAUCGACGACGGCGGACAGGCGGAGGAAGAGAUUGCAGAGGGGAGAUCCAUCCAAAGGGCGGAAGGGGUAAAGGCAUGCAUGCAGAUGAAAGAAAGUUCGUCUUCGGUGUUAUUAUUAUGCUGUUCUUGAACGUGUUUGAUUUUUAAUCUCCUUUUUUUUUAUAUAAUUUUCCUACGGGAAUGGGAGGAAAAGAGGUGGACGAAGAAUAGUGUAAUAAUAAUGGUGGUGGUGGUGGUUGAGGGCCCAAAACGAUGAACAAAUGGGUUGGGUUGGGUUGGGUUGGGUUGGGUGUAUGUAUCUGUCACACGCAACUUUGUGCAAAAACUAUUAUACUACGAGUACGUUUCUCGUC